UAAAAACAAAAAAGAAAAAAAGAAAAAUCAGACUAGACCGAAAGUUUAUAUUUGCACAACCACUUCACUUCAAACAGUGUAAUAAUAUGCGGUAUUUCACCAAAUAUUUGACCCGGAUAAGUUCGCGUUAUAACUUGAAAUGUAGAGGCAGUGAAUCAUGAAAAACCACGGGUCGAUAUAAUGCAGUGUCGUACGACAAAAAGUAGAACUUUAACUUCACCUGUAUAAUUUGAUUGGAUUUUUACCUAUACUAUAUACACAUUUGUGUUGAAUAUUAAUUUAGAAAGUGGAUAUAAAUAUAGUUAUAUUGCUGCAGUCAUAUAAAUAUAUAUAUUUGUUGGAUGCAGUCUUAAAAAGAUAUUGAAAAGUUUAAUACAACUUGAGGAAUGGGUCGUGGGGGAGAGAAGCGCGAGAAGUUAGGGGCGGGACAGGUCAUCCCUUGGAGUGAGAUUCAGAAACAUUCGUCACGUGAUGAUCGGUGGAUUGUCAUAAGUGGACAAGUUUAUGACGUCACAGAAUGGUCUAAAAAGCACCCUGGCGGUCAAAGGCUUAUCGGACACUACGCAGGACAAGAUGCAACAGAAGCGUUCGGUGCAUUCCAUAACAACUUGGAACACGUGAAAAAAUUCCUUAAACCAAUUCACGUAGGCCCUGUAGAAAGUUACGUUGACCAUGAAAUGAAUAAAGAUUUCAGAAAAUUAAAAGAAACGGCUAUAAAAAUGAAAUUAUUCGAGCCCAGCUACCUGUUUUUCUCGGUAACUUUAGCUCAUAUUCUAAUACUUCAAGUUCUGGCAUACAUGGUAUUUUUAUGGUAUGGUGUACAUUUAUGGACAGUUGUAGCUUCCCUAAUUAUGUAUGCAACUGCACAGACACAAGCGGGUUGGUUACAUCAUGAUUUUGGACACUUGUCUGUGUUCAAGACUUCCAAGGCCAACCAUUACUUUCAUCAUUUCAUUUUGACAUUCUUUAAGGGUUGUUCGUCUAGUUGGUGGAAUAACUUACACUAUCAACAUCACGCUAAGCCUAAUGUGAUGGAUAAAGAUCCGGACGUUCGUUUAGAUAAACUUUUUGUUGUUGGGGAUGUUAUGCCCGUCCAGGUUGCGAAGGAAGGAAAAGCAAGUAUGCCAUUCAAUCUACAGCACAAGUACUUCUUUGCUAUUGGACCUCCGCUGCUCUUUCCAGUCUACUUUCAAAUUAUGUUAUUUAGGUUUCAAAUUACAAGAAGAUUAUGGAAGGAGUUGAGUAUAUGUUUAAUGUAUUACCUAAUACAUUUUUACCUGCAUAUACCGUUACUUGGCGUUGGAGGAGCAAUAGCACAUUACUUUACAAUGAGAUGCAUGGAGAGUCAUUGGUUCACAUGGGUGUCACAAUCAAACCAUAUACCUAUGACAAUAAAGACGGAUGAAGCGAGUCCAUGGCUCCAGUUACAACUCAAUGCAACAUGUGACAUUGAAAAAUCUUUCUUCAAUGAUUGGUUUACAGGGCAUCUAAACUUCCAAAUAGAACAUCACCUAUUCCCAACAAUGCCUCGGCAUAACUUAUAUAAGAUAGCACCACUGGUGAAAUCCCUAUGUGAGAAACAUGACGUACCGUAUAUAGUAAAGCCACUGUGGCAAUCAUUUGCUGACAUAGUCAAGUCGCUAAGAUCAUCUGGGGAGCUUUGGCAAGAAACUUAUAAUGAAUUCCACUGUAAAUAAUGGCUGUACUAGUAUAGUGUAUAUACAAUUGUAUGUUUGUGUAGGGUUUUAUAAUUUCAAACAUUUUCAUUAAAUGGUGAUUGACUUUCUUCUUGUGUGUUACUUGUUCUCAUAUAUAUAUAAAUAUACAAAAUAUACAUCGUAAUUCAGUUUAUGGAAUCACAAAGUUACUAUUUGUAUGACUUAACUAUCUUAAAUAUUUUAAUUUAGUGUAAAAGUAAUAAACAUGUAACAGGAUGAUCUGAAACUAUGUCUGUCUCCUAAAUCUAAUUGCAUGCCAUGUCAUAGUGUGCUUGCUGGGUUGUUAUUAUAGGAAAGGUAAUCUCUUGGUAAUAUAGCUGACAUUUUAACAUUUAGAGUAUAUGGCUUUCAGUUUAAUGUGUGAGACACUUUACGUGGGUGAGUUUUUUUAGUCUAGUCCACUCCAGUAUGUCCGUGAUGGAACUAAUGUUAGGGGAAAAACUAAAGGGUCCUCCGCCAAUUGAUAGAUCCCUACUCUGACCUUUCAUUUGAAUAACAAUUGAUAUAACUACAAACAUUGACAUGAGGUCUUUUGUUAAGAAAUAUGUUGUGGUGAAAUUCUUAUUAUGUCCACUUAUCUGAUAAUUAGUAUUAGGUCAGGGAUCUAUGCAUAAUACUUCAAAGGUGCCACGUGACCUAUCUUUAGUGACGAACUAUGAAACGUAAGGGGUUGGGGGAUAGAAACAACCAGUUUGUCUGUUUGAUUUGUGUUGGAGAUAAGGGGCACGGUUAAUAGAGAGAAGUAUAAAGGUUUAAGGUUUCUCAGCCUAUUAUUUUAUCAUUUUGUACCCAAUUACUAUAUAUAUAUUUACAUGUAGAUUUAUAUUUCAUUGUUAUGGCAUCCUACUUUUAUACUUGUUAUUUUGAUUCGCAUCUGCCUUAGUAAUACAAUGCUUCACUGUAAUGCUUAUAUCAACUGUUAUUUCAAGUUUACAAAUAUUUAUAUAAUGUAUUUAUAAUGAGACUUUUGAUAAUUGAUUUAUUUUCCAAUAAAACACGUGAACACGUGACAUUUC